GAGGUCGCAGAGUUGGACACGACUGAGUGACUAAACUGAACUGAGAACCCUAAACGAAUGAGAACCCUACGUGCAAGACAGGAAAAGAGACACAGAGAGAGGCUGCAAGUAGGUGGCUAAAAACUCCUGUUGUAACAAGGAAGAACAAAUGUGACUUCACCCUGGACCUAUUCCUGUAACAUUUGUGCUAGGAUUCACCCUGCACCCCAUCUCACCACAGGAUGCUGGAGCUGAGCGUGUCCCGGCUGGGAUUCGGGCUGGUGGCAACCUCCUCAUGGCUGCUGCUGCUGGUGGUCGGGGCCUCCUGGCUUCUGGCUCGCAUCCUGGCCUGGACCUACACCUUCUACAACAACUGUCGCCUCCUCCAGUGUUUUCCGCAGCCCCCAACACUGAACUGGUUCUUCGCUCACCUGUACCUGGUCCCCCCGACAGAGCAGGGCUUGAGAAAAUCAACCCAGCUGGCAGCUAACUACUCCCAUGGAUAUCUGAUCUGGUUUGGCCCCAUCACUCCCAUGAUCGUUUUCUGCCACCCUGACAUGCUCCGGAGCAUUGCCAAUGCCUCAGCUGCUGUCGCACCCAAGAACAUGGAUUUCUACAAAUUUUUGAAGCCCUGGCUGGGGGAUGGGCUCCUGCUUAGUGCUGGUGACAAGUGGAGCAGGCACCGUUGCAUGCUGACACCCGCCUUCCACUUCAACAUCCUGAAGCCCUAUAUGAAGAUUUUCACCAAGAGCACAGACAUCAUGCAUACCAAAUGGGAGCGCCUGAUCACCCAAGGCCACAGCCGUCUGGACAUGUUUGAACACCUCAGCCUCCUGACCCUGGACAGUCUGCAGAAAUGUGUCUUCAGUUUUGAUAGCAAUUGCCAGGAGCUCUCUUCCUGUAGGAAGCCCAGUAAAUAUAUCACCGCCAUCUUGGAGCUCAGUGAGCUUGUGGCAAAGCGGAACAGGCAGAUCUUCCUGCACACGGACUUCCUAUACUUCCUCACCCUGGAUGGGCGGCGCUUCCGCAGGGCUUGCCGCCUGGUGCACGACUUCACCGAUGCCGUCAUCCAGGAGCGGCGCCGCACUCUCCCCGAGGAUGUUGAUGACUUCCUUAAGGCCAAGGCGAAGACCAAGACUUUGGACUUCAUUGAUGUGCUUCUGCUGACCAAGGACGAAGAUGGGAAGAGACUGUCAGACGAAGACAUCCGGGCUGAAGCUGACACCUUUAUGUUUGAGGGCCAUGAUACUACAGCCAGUGGCCUCUCCUGGAUUCUGUACAACCUUGCAAAGCACCCAGAAUAUCAGGAGCGCUGCCGGCAGGAGGUGCAAGAGCUCCUGAGGGACCGUGAGUCUAAAGAGAUUGAAUGGGACGACCUGGCCCAGUUGCCCUUCCUGACCAUGUGCAUCAAGGAGAGUCUGCGGUUGCACCCCCCAGUCACGAUCAUCUCUCGCUGCUGUACCCAGGACAUUGUUCUCCCAAAUGGCCGGGUCAUCCCCAAAGGUGUUAUCUGCGUCAUUGAUAUUUUCGGGACCCACCACAACCCAUCUGUGUGGCCAGACCCUGAGGUCUAUGACCCCUUCCGCUUUGACCAAGAAAACAUCAAAGGGAGGUCACCUCUGGCUUUUAUUCCCUUCUCAGCAGGUCCCAGGAACUGCAUUGGACAGACGUUUGCCAUGACUGAGAUGAAGGUGGUCCUCGCUCUCACCCUGCUGCACUUCCGUUUUCUGCCAGACAAGGAGGAGCCACGCAGGAAGCGGGAGCUGAUUCUGCGCGCGGAGGGUGGACUUUGGCUGCAGGUGGAGCCGCUGAGCGCUAGCCCUCAGUGACUGAAUGAGCCACUACCACCCUGCCUGGGACUCUCUAUCGUCAAAAGGGCCCAGAGCUCCCCCUGCUGGCUCUCGGUGAGACUCAUGCAAACGUGACGACAGCAUUUUAUUCCUGGGAGUCUGCGACGGCCUCACCCCAGUUCCGUUCACGUGUUCACGUUUGCCUGAGUCUCACCGAGAACCAACAGGGGGCGCUCUGGGCGCUUUUGAAGGUACAGCGAGUGGGCGUGGUUGAUUGGAAGCGGGACCAGUUGCCAUGCGCCCAAUAUUACCGCUUUAGCUGAAUCCCAGGGACGCGGGAGCCU